ACGAGUGUUUGUAGACUCACAGAAAAGAGACCCUGAUCUAACGAGUGUUUGUAGACUCACAGAAAAGAGACCCUGAUCUAACGAGUGUUUGUAGACUCACAGAAUAGAGACCCUGAUCUAACGAGUGUUUGUGCUGCAGAUCCUCAGUUCGUGGUGUACCAGCUGAAGGUGAAGAUCCACACCUCCAACCCCUCCAACACCCGGCGGGAAGACAAGCUCAUGCUGUUUGAGUUCCCUCAGCCACUUCCUGUCUGCGGAGACAUCAAGGUGGAGUUCUUCCACAAGCAGAACAAGAUGAUGAAGAAGGAAAAGAUGUUCCACUUCUGGGUGAAUACCUUCUUCAUCCCGGGCCCGGAGGAGACCCCUGGGGAGAAGCUGGAGAACGGCAGCGCCGCGCCGGACCGGACGCAGGGGAUGAUGAUGAUGACAGCGACAAUGAUGAUGACGGGCGGAGACGACAGAGACUUCCUGGUUCUCACGCUGACCAAGAACGACCUAGACAAGGCCAACAAAGAUAAGGCCAACAGGAACUUCUCCCCAAACUUCAAGGUGAAGCUGUACUUCACGAAGACGGUGGAGGAGGGAGCGAACUCUGACGCCAGCAGCACGUCGGCCUCGGUGACGCCGGACGUCAGCGACAACGAGCCGGAUCACUACCGCUACUCCGACACCACGGACUCGGACCCGGAGAACGAGCCCUUCGAAGACGACCAUCACGAUCAGAUCACUAAAGUCUGACACGCACACACACACACACACUCACACACACAUACAGAUAUAUAUGUGUAUAUAUAUAUAUUCAGUAUGUUUACACUCUCAUGAACCCCAAACCAAGACGUGUUGUUAGCUAACGGGGAUUAUAACCGACGGACCGCGUCUGAUCUGCAGGACUCUCAGAGCUCAGAUUAUACGACCCCCCCCCAGCUGGACAAUCACAUGACAUGGCGGUCGGAGGAGGCGGGGCUAAGCUUGUGGGCGGGGCCAGCGAACGGACAAUAAGACAGAUGAAUGGACAGACGGGAGGUUUUAAAGAAUAAAGGAGUAAAACUUGAAUAUAAACAAACAUAAAGACAAGUAGACUUCUUUAGUGACCACAUGUUUGUUGGAAACCCCCCCCCGUCCUUCCUUCGUAGGAAACUUUAUGCAGACCAAUCUUCUUUUUGUUUCCCCAUCUUUUACAUUUCGUUGAGCUGUUUCUGAACGUUGACUCUUCUCUCCGGGUGCGUACGACUCAUUUUUAAGACCAAAUCUCCAGAAGGAAGCUUUUCAUUGAACAUCAGCUCUCGAAGCCAAUAGGAAGUUAAUAUCCUGUAAAUCUGCUGUCACUCUUUUAUUGACAGGACUGCUCCUACCAAUCAUUUACCAUGAACCUGCAGAUUGUUCCCUAGUUUAUUGCUUUGGUAAACGUCCAUCCAGUUCCUCAGAGUCCAAGGUUAUGUUUUAAAUGAGAUAUUCACUUUAAUAUGAAAUAAAACCGAGAAGGGCAAAUCUGUAGAUUAGAGAGGCUGGAAACAGACUUUAAAGAGAUCAAUCAUCAAAACAGAGAUGUUCUCAUGACUAACAGCCACGACACUAUUAUGCUUUAAUCAGCAGAUUUCCCCUCUUGUUAAACUGGCCGAUGAUUCAAUUAAAUCAAAAUGUUUGAAUUUGAUCAGGUAGAACUGAACUUAGGUGGGCCAAUUGUAGAUGGCCAUUGUUAUGAUAUAAUGUCCUGAUUGUAUAUUCCCACACAUCAACAAAAAGAUUAAACCUGAACUUUUCGGUUCUUUUAUCCAAAAUAUUUCGAUGUUUUAAACCCAGGAUGAUUUCUGGUGUUCUUGACGUUGGAAAACCAAAUAACUCAGAUUUACCCGGUCCUCGCGUCCUGUCUUUGGUCCGAUCUUCACCAGUUUCGUUCUGGGCCGGCUUUGAGACGGAGCCGCUCUCAGAGAGAAGAGUCGGCUUUAAGGAAAGAAACUUCACAAUCUCCUGUUAAAACACAGACAGUACCUACUGUGAACAAAGCUACUCUCUGUCCGUCUGUCUUCAGUUUUGCACAGUUUCAAUCCUGCAGUUAAAAUGUAUUUUUGUUAUACUCUGACUUAUAUCAAACUUAAGCUAACACACACACACACACACACACACACACACACACACACACACACACACACACACACACACACACACACACACACACACACACACACAGUAUAACCAUUCCUUCAGCCGGAUCUGCUUCUGAGCUAAACGUAGACUAACGCACCUCGACACAAACUGAAGAGAUGAGCGUCUGCAGAGCGCUGGUUGUUGUUCUGCUCUGACUAUCGAGGCGCAUCUCAGACCAACUCCCUCCAGGAAAGCCGUUGGAGCUCCUGUAGUGCCGCUUUCUGUCCAGCUGGAAGUCCUUUGUUAUAAAGCUGCCGUUUGUAAGGGUUUACGAUCAGAGUUUCUCAACGUUUGGGUCAGAACACAACGAGGGUUUGUGGAUAGAGAGGUCUUCGCUUGGUAGAUUCUCAGGACAGAGCAAACCUCCACAAGUGAGAAAUCCUCUCCACAAUUUGAAGGCUUCUUCUUUGAUCUUUCCACCAAUUUUCCUGAAGUUUGGGCUGCUAGUCUUUCCGUUAUCCUGCAGUCAAACCACACACGCACUCAGCUUGGCGGCGGUAAAGAUCUCCGCUCUCUGAAACCACUAAAUGUUGAGAAGCUCUGCUCUACCAAAGUGCCAGCAGUCUGUUGUUAGCGUGACUCCAGCCGGUCUCCAUGGUGUCGAGGUUCAGCCUCUGUUUGGGUGAUGCUCUAUCACUAAUAUUACUCUGUUCAUAGACUAUUAAUCGUUUAACUCGUUACUACUUCUUCUUGGCGACAUUUAAGCACUCAAACUCGAGCUGUACCUUUUUAACGCCGGGAACACUUUGAGGAUCACAUUCACAUCUCAGCAGGUUCAGGACUCUCCGUCUGGGUUUUACUGAAGAACAUUCGGGAUGCUCCGGUUCAGAUCGUAGACUCAAUCUCAAACUAAUCACCAACUGGUUCCUGUUCUCUGGGCUAGAACCACAUGUUGGGCCUCUUCAUGCACAACACCAACCUUCUCCUAAAGGUGCAAACUAACUUCUUGAGGAUUCAUUUGAGACGGUACUGGAUCGGAGCAUCCCUGAUGAUCCUCUGAAGGAACAUCUUCCUCCAGACCGGGAGUAGGUCGAGGUUUUAGUCCUGAUGUCUGAUUUCCGUCCUUACAUUUGGUGCUACUACCUAUCACUGGCUCUGCGUUGGUCCUGUACUUUCUGAUUGUUCAUCAUCAGCGGUGUCAGGAUUCUGGGUCUGAAAGCUCCUGAAAGACCUGAUCACACAGGACGUAUAAAAACAGGAAGUCCUCAGCACGGCAUCGUAAGAACCAUUAGAAAUCACAUAGAAAGAAGGUAACGAGCACUAUGCAACCUUAACGGAUCAUUCAAACACACAAUGAUAACUUUUAUAUCAAUAACUCAAUGUGUUACAUUGAAUUCUUGAGGCACACUUUGUCCUGUCAUGCCUCCACGGUGAACCUAGAUCCAGAAUCGUAGGAAAGUCUCCGUUAAUUGAAGUUACUGGUGGCCGUGUUUAACCACAGCAAAACCAUAUAUAAACAUCCGUUAACAAACUGGUCCAGUAUUAAUCCUCAUGUAUCCAAUACUUAAACACUAAAACCUUCACUAAUAACACUUCAGAUGAACGGUGCUCCCACAACCUGAUUUUAACUCAGCAAGACUUCUCAGAUUCCAUUCUUUGUUCACCUGAGAGGCUAACAACGAAUCUGUAUUCACAACAAAUGAUCCUUUUAGGUGACGUUUCCCUUUAAAAGCCAUCAGAAAAGAGCUUGAACUCAAAGACACAACGGUAGAAAACGGAGAGACCAAGGAGGAUAAAGGUCAUGACGCCCCAGGUGUGGUAUGUCUUACUCUUGAGGUAGGUUCCCCCCCGCUGAAGUAACAUCAUUAAGAAAACACAUAAAGUAAAUCCAGUUUAGAUUAGAGAUUAAAUAUUUGUUAGAUAUAUAUCGUCCUGUGUGAUCCCGUCUCGAGGUCUACCAUCGAACCGGAGCAUCUGAUGGGCCAUCGUCGGGUUUACAGUUCAUCUCGUUGGGUUUUAGGUGCUAAGCUAUCCGGGGCUGAUACAGAGCCUUUAGUCCAUCUCUGGUGCUCUGGACCGGCCUCGAGUGCCCGUCUCCACCCGGACGCUCGGUGUGUUUCUUACAGCAACAACAACACACUUCCUGUCUCCGGUCCUGUUAGGUGCUCUCGAGCCUGGCCUCACUUCCUGUCCUUGUUCAGACCUGAGGGGCUAAAAACCUGACAAACACAAGUUAACCUGUGUCCGACCAAAUCCGGGGUUGAAGCUAAAACGCUGGUCCUUUUGAAACCAGUUCUGGAGAAAUUCAACCCGAUGUCAGGCCGAGGUGUUUUGGAUUUGGGUGUGAACUUUUUCAACUAAACCAGCAAAACUAGAUUACAGAAGACGG